GAGUCUAUCCUUUGCUGUGCAAAGUCCCAUUCCAUCCAUUCCAACUUAAAUUCUAAACUGAAAAGCCUGGUGCUACUCCAUUCCCUUCAUCUUUAUUAAACAAUCCAAAUUUCAAGUAUGUUGAACAUUAUCAAGAUUUCUCUCAUCGCCGGUCUCGCUGGCCUCGCCGUCGCCGCCCCUGUUAGCGGUGGAAAGACUAUUAACAUCAAGAACAACUGCGGUAAGACCGUCACUCUCGGCUGGCUCACCAAUGGCCAAAGCAACGAUCAUACAACUCUUCUUGACUUGGAUGCCGGUGCUUCCCACUCAAUCACUCCUGGUAACAACUGGGGUGGCCGUGUCUGGGCCCGUGAUCAGUGCAGCCAUAGUGAUAUGACCCAAUGUGGUACCUCUGGUGCUGUCUCUCCCGCUACUUUGGCUGAAUUCCUGUUCAACGGUGCCGGUAGCCAAGACUACUAUGAUGUAUCUCUCGUUGAUGGUUUCAACUUGCCUAUGAACAUUGUUCCCAACGGUGGUCAAUCCGGCGGUGGUAAAUACUCAUGCGGUACUCCCUCGGCCACAUCCUUCCCUAGCUGCCCCUCUGCCAAUGAAGUUAAGGACAAUAGUGGUAAUGUCGUUGGAUGCAAGAGCGCAUGCUCCGAGUCCGGAAGCCCUGAAGACUGCUGCACUGGCGAGUACAACUCUCCCGGAAAGUGUGCUGCUAACGCUUUCGCUAAACUCGUUAAGGCUGAUGCCCCCACUGCCUACUCUUACGCUUACGAUGACGCUACUUCCACUUUCGCCUGUGGAGCUUCUAGCUACACUGUCAACCUCUGCCCUGCUUAGAUAUAUAAAUGAAUUAACUGCUGAUAGAAAAAAAAAAAACAAGAAAAAAGAUCACUCAUUUUGUUACAGUAGAAUAUUUGUUUGUAUACCCAUUCACAGCGACAGUGAACCACAUUAGACCAUUAAAAAUGACAUUUUCUAGAAUACCAC